ACAAUCAAAACGCGCUUGGCAUCUCCGCUCAAGGAAAGAUAGGAAAGGAUUGGAGCCCUGUGGUGAUUCUAGAAAAUCCAAUGCUUCAACGAUUCCACGGAGAUAUCACAUCUGCCUACUUAAGGAUUCCUGUGAAUCCAGAUCACAUAAACAAGACAUUUUUCAUCAUGCCUUUCGGCUUGUCAAAUUUAAGAUGCUAUUCGGGCUUUGCAAUGCCCACAUACAUUCCAAAAGCUGAUGGACAAGCUUGCCUCGGGUCUAGACUGAAUUACAUUGAAGAUAUUCCAAUUGCUAUUGACAAUACGGAACAGCACAAAUUUGCAGUUUGUAAGAAUGUCCCACCACAAUCUGGAGAAUUCCCUGGAAGUGUUAUGGCACAUAGAAGACCCACUGCACGUUACAAAGUCAAGAGAGAGUCCAGAGAAUCAAAGAAUUUCUUUUUACACGUAUCACAAAGGCUUAAAGUAGUUUUUCGGCAUGGUAAAUUUUUACUAUUACUUCAUUCCGAACUGAGCAAAAAUGCUGAAUCAGUUGAAAUAAUAUCUUAA